UGAUUUUUCAUUCAAAACAUGUAUUGCAUAUUUUAUUCAAGACGUAAUUAAAUGAAAUAAAAAAAAUGUGAUCUAUCUACAAAAUAAGGAAAAAAACGAAGAAAAUAAUAAUUUUAAAAAAAAUAAAAAUAAUUUUUUUUACAUAAAUUAUGAUUAUGAUAUUGAUUUCUCUUAAUUUUAAACUUUGAACGUGUUGUUAUUUCCACUGCCGAGUUCGCCGUCUGGUAUGUUGGGCUGCUCAUUGCGGGAGAAUUGCCGAACAGAGCGCUGCCGCGAGGGAGAUAGAUAGAUAGCAACAUCACAUUUAGAAGCCACAUUAUAUCUUACAACUUCGCCGUCUUGUUUCCUUUUUUCACCAUCUUACAAGUUGAGGUAUAUGGCAUCAUCUUUCAUAUUGUCCACUUGCACCUUAAAUGGGAGUGUACUUGCUCCUAAGGCUUCGAAGACCAAUGCUGAGUCUGUUUGCAAUCAUCUGAAUGGUAGCUUUAAACUAACAUAUAGAUCUCUGUCCAUAUCUGCAUCUGCCGACACACCACAUUCAUCGGCUUUCCCAAAUCGGAAAGCAUUUGACUGGAAACAAGGAAACUUGCCUUUGAGGAGUGCAGUCAAAUGCAGAGCGCUGAAUGUUGAGACACAGCCUUUAUUUUCACUGGGGAGUAAAUUUCAACUCGAAGAUGUUAUUGAAGCUCAACAGUUUGACAGAGAUACUCUCAGUGCCAUAUUUGACGUGGCACUGGAGAUGGAGAAGAUUGAGAAGAACUCAACUGGAAGCAACCUUCUUCAGGGGUAUCUGAUGGCAACCCUAUUUUAUGAGCCCUCAACCAGAACUAGGCUUUCGUUUGAGUCAGCUAUGAAACGUUUGGGUGGGGAAGUAUUAACUACAGAAAAUGCACGAGAGUUUUCAUCAGCAGCAAAAGGGGAGACACUUGAAGAUACCAUAAGAACUGUUGAAGGAUACACUGAUAUCAUAGUGAUGAGGCAUUUUGAAAGUGGUGCUGCAAGAAGAGCUGCAGCUACAGCCAAUAUCCCAGUUAUUAAUGCUGGAGAUGGUCCGGGACAGCAUCCAACCCAGGCUCUCCUCGAUGUAUACACCAUUCAAAGGGAGAUAGGAAAACUUGAUGGAAUCAAAGUUGGGCUUGUAGGAGAUCUUGCUUAUGGGAGGACAGUGCGGUCACUUGCCUAUUUGCUGGCCAAGUACAAAGAUGUCAAAGUUUACUUUGUCUCGCCUGAAGUAGUGAAAAUGAAGGAUGACAUAAAAGAUUAUCUAACCUCCAAAGAAGUUGAAUGGGAAGAGAGUGCUGAUUUAAUGGAGGUGGCUUCUAAAUGUGAUGUUGUAUAUCAAACCCGUAUUCAGCGAGAGAGGUUUGGAGAAAGAAUCGAUCUUUAUGAAGAAGCUAGAGGCAAGUACAUUGUGGAUCAGAAUGUAAUGGAUGUGAUGCAGAAACAUGCAGUUGUAAUGCAUCCUCUGCCACGGCUUGAUGAGAUAACUGUUGAAGUUGAUGCUGAUCCAAGGGCUGCCUACUUCAGACAAGCAAAGAAUGGCCUAUACAUUCGUAUGGCCCUUUUAAAGCUUUUGCUUCUUGGUUGGUAAAAGUUGCAUUUUCUCCAAAGGGAAGUCGCGGAUUGCUUCCUUGAAGACAAAAGCUCAAGGAACUCUUGCAAUUUUUUCCCAGUCAUUAUUUUCUGGAAAUUGGCAAAUUUUGUUUUAUUUUGGAGGGUGAUUUACAUAUAAGCAGAUGAUUCAGGAACAAUGUGCAGAAUCCCCAUUAUGUCGUUUUAGAAGUAUCAUUCUUGUUGAAGUUGACGAUUCAGGAACAAUGUGCAGAAUCCCCAUUCUGUCUUUUUAGAAGUACCAUUUUUGUUCAA